UCUGGGAACUUCAUCUCGGAGACAAUGGGAGCGCUGGAGGGAGAGGGAACCGGUUCCUAGAACAGCCUGGGGGGGGUGCCGGGCUCCGGGACUGGUGUUCACACACACACACACACACACACACGCAGGCUGGCCGGAGGAAUCUGCAAUUUCCCAGCCGGAGUUUUUUAUUUUUUACCUUUUGCGGGCGGCUCCAAGGGAGGGGAGCCGCAGCCUGGGAAACGUCGGGCAUUUCCCGUGGAUUUGCGCCGGGGGGAUUUUGGAAGCGACGCUUUUUGCUUUCCCAGUUGCUGGUGUUGCGAGGAAGAAAGUGUGUGUGGGGAGGAAGACAAAGCCCACAAGUCAGUUGCAGUUGUGUGUGUGUGUGGAGGGGGGUUGGGAGCUAACAAAAGGCAAAGGAAGAUACAAAAGAGAAACCGCGUCCUGCUUUGGAUCCGAAUUGGCCGCGGGCUGGGUUGGCGCUGCAAUGCUUCCCGGCGGGACCCCGGAGCAGAAGCCCAGUGCCUGAGCUGCUCCAGAUGCGGAGUCCCGCAGCCGGCCGGACCAAGCGGGAUCGGCAUCUGCCCACCGGUUUCUUUCACGGGAUCGGGAUGCACCGGCGUCUCGGCGACUGAUCAGACCGGGGGGGACAGGACCCUUCUCUGUCGCGGUGCCCACCCCCCUCCCACUGCGCCACUGUGUCGCAGGGCGUCAUUUUCUUCUGAGAGGAGCCCAGCCAGCUGAUCAAAAUAGAGUCCCUCAAGGUGACAGUCGACUUCCUGAAGGUGCCCCUUGGCCUGAAGAAGCCCGCGCUGAAGGAGGCAGCGGCCGCCUUGGCUGCUGUCCCCGUCGGGAGACCCAAGUCCGUCAACGUGGAGCGCUACAAGGCCCGGCGCUCCGACAACAUGGACAACGAGUCGCAGUACUCGGGGUACUCCUACAAGUCGGGGCACUCGCGCAGCUCCCGCAAGCACAGAGACCGGCGGGACCGGCACCGCUCCAAAAGCCGGGACGGGAGCCGGGGGGACAAGUCGGUGACCAUCCAGGCCCCGGGGGAGCCCCUGCUGGAUAACGAGUCGACCAGAGGAGAUGAGAGGGACGACAACUGGGGCGAGACCACCACGGUGGUGACGGGCACCUCGGAGCACAGCAUCUCGCACGAUGACCUCACGCGCAUCACCAAGGACAUGGAGGACAGCGCCCGCCUGGACUGCUCCCGCCACGUGGGCGUCUCGCUGGGCGGGGCCUUGGCGCUGCUUUCCUUCCUCACCCCGCUGGCCUUCCUGCUGCUGCCCCAGCUGCUGUGGCGGGAGGAGCUGGAGCCCUGCGGCACGCCCUGCGAGGGGCUCUUCAUCUCUGUGGCCUUCAAACUCCUCAUCCUCCUGUUGGGCAGCUGGGCCCUCUUCUUCCGCCGCCCCAAGGCCUUCUUCCCCCGCGUCUUCGUCUUCCGGGCCCUGCUCAUGGUGCUCGUCUUCCUCCUCGUCGUCUCCUACUGGCUCUUCUACGGCGUGCGCAUCCUGGACUCGCGCGACCGCAACUACCAGGGCGUGGUGCAGUACGCCGUCUCCCUGGUGGACGCGCUGCUCUUUGUCCACUACCUGGCCGUGGUGCUGCUGGAGCUGCGCCAGCUCCAGCCCCAGUUCACGCUCAAGGUGGUGCGUUCCACUGACGGGGCCAGCCACUUCUACAACGUGGGCCACCUCAGUAUCCAGCGCGUGGCAGUGUGGAUCCUGGAGAAUUAUUACCACGAUUUCCCCGUCUACAACCCCGCCCUCCUCAACCUGCCAAAAUCAGUCCUGUCCAAGAAAAUGUCCGGGUUCAAGGUGUACUCGCUCGGCGAGGAAAACACGACGAACAACUCGACAGGCCAGUCUCGGGCCGUUAUCGCCGCGGCCGCCCGGAGGCGCGACAACAGCCACAACGAGUACUACUACGAGGAGGCCGAGCACGAGCGCAGGGUGCGGAAGCGCCGCGCCAGGCUGGUGGUGGCCGUGGAGGAAGCCUUCACCCACAUCAAGCGGCUGCAGGAGGAGGACCAGAAGAACCCGCGGGAGAUCAUGGACCCGCGAGAAGCUGCCCAGGCCAUCUUCGCCUCCAUGGCCCGGGCCAUGCAGAAGUACCUGCGCACCACCAAGCAGCAGCCCUACCACACCAUGGAGAGCAUCCUUCAGCACCUGCAGUUCUGCAUCACCCACGACAUGACUCCCAAGGCCUUCCUCGAGAGGUACCUGAGCGCUGGGCCCACCAUCCAGUACCACAAGGACCGCUGGCUGGCCAAGCAGUGGACGCUGGUCAGCGAGGAGCCGGUGACCAACGGCCUGAAGGAUGGGGUAGUCUUCGUCCUCAAGCGCCAAGACUUCAGCCUGGUGGUGAGCACGAAGAAGAUCCCCUUCUUCAAGCUCUCAGAGGAGUUUGUGGACCCCAAGUCACAUAAGUUCGUCAUGAGGCUGCAGUCGGAGACCUCGGUGUGAACUGCAAAGGGGGUUAGGUUAUGGACUCAUGCCUGAGGAGGAGCAAGUUGCAUCCAGGACUCUCCCUUAUUUGACUGGAGCUUAGAGAGACCAUCAUGCAGGGAGAGCCUUGUAGGAACCUCCCAGAACCAGCGUGCAUGCCCUAGGGCUCCGUCUCCUCUCUCUGCCCUCUUCCAUCUCUGCUUGCCCCCCAUUUGGGGAUCGGGGGCAGAGCCCUUUCCCCUUCCUGUCUCUGCUGUCUCCAAAACCCAGAUUCUUGUAGCAAUCUCCCAGGAGGUCGGAAGGCGUGUCGCGCGAAGGCUGGCGUUUUAGCAGGAAGAAGAUCCCUCAUUUGGUGCCAAAACUCAAGGGCUACUUUUGUUCCCUCCUUCACCAGCGUCUCCAAAUGCGGCUGGGUCCGAGGAACCGUCUCAGUUUCCUUUUUUGUAUUACUAUCCCGAUUCUGGCCUUUUUUACAACUUUCCCGGAUGUUUGGAGUGUGUUUUUUAAAUCCCCACCCGCGAGGGUUUUGGAGCAUUUGCAAGCGUCCCUCCAGUAUCGUGGCUGCUAUCGAAAUCUCCCUGCUCCACCUGCAGGCAGGAAAAGACGAACCAACGAUGCCGACUCUGGUAUCGGAACCUCCUCUUUGGCUCUUCUCUGGGGUUUUCCAGCUCAGUUUUUUAACAACGACGAGAAGACUAGUUUUAAACAGUUUUUUUAAAUAGCGAUUUUUUUUUCGUGUGUGCUGAUCUCUGUGCUUUGUAAUGGAAUCCUGUGUUUUUUGUAAAUAGCAACUCAAACUGGCCCAGUUCCGCUUCCUUGACUAACUGGGUCCAAUUCCUCCUUUACAGCAAGGGCAUCUUUACCCCCCUCCGGCAGUGUAAGGGGAUGUCAAGUAGGGUUAUGCUGCUGGAGUGGCAUAAAGGGGCCUUUGUGUCCAGGAGAAUCAGGCCCCCCGAUGAUAAGGUUGGUGAAUGUGCUGAAUUGCAGGAGUUGAGCAGAAUGACUCAUCCUCCUUGCGCUUUUCUCUGUCUGGAGGCUCAGCUUCGGUUUAGCUGUUGGGAUUUAUAGGAAAAACCGCCCUAAAUCUCUCCCAGGCCCUAGUACUCCUCCCCAGCCCUAGGCAAGUAAAGCAACUGUGACUUGCUUUUGUUAAAGGUCAUGACUCAGCAAGGUACGUGCCGAAUGUUAUCUCUCUAAGGUACUUACAUGGCCCCCAUCACCACGGCAUUUGGGGGGCUCACAGCACCCCGUGCAGCCGGGCAGUGCUGUUGUCCCCGUUCUGCAGCUCAGUGACUUGCCCAAGGAAUCUGUGGCGGAGAAGGGGCUCAAACCCAGAUCUCACAGGCCCAGUGGCCUAACCACUAGCCCAUCCUUCCUCUGACCCCCCAGCGGGUGUAACCUAGCAUAGGGCCAUUAACUAAUGGCGCUUUGCUGAUUUACACCCGCUGCGAUUCUGGCCCGCGGAUGUAAAUGGAACUGUUCUUGUGCUGGAAGUCAGGCGUGUGCUUUAACGGCCUUGCUGGUUCAGGGCCUAUCCUCACACGCACGUUUGGUGCGAAAACAGCCCCUCCGGCCGUGCGCCCGUAUCUGCCGGCUUUACGGAUGCAAACAAGUCAUUGCUCCCAUGAACCCUGCAGUGGCGCGCGUCGGACCGAGCUGGGUUCUGUUCUUCCUCCUGUACCGUCCACAGAGCCUGACGACAGCAUCUCUGGCCUUGGUUCUCGGUGCGCCGAGCCUCGCACGGUCCCUCGCACCAGUGCACAGCCCAGUGCAAAAGGCUCCCCCUCUUGAUCUGGCAGUCUUUUGCCCUCCCUUUGUACCGGUGACCCAGGGCGCUGGAGAAUCGGGUUCUUUUGUCUCCACGGCUGGUGCGAGAAGGGGACAAAAAUGCAGAGAUUGCAGCUGGUUCCCGGGGCUGGCCGCAGCUAAUGAAAUCCAGCUCUUGGCUUGGUUACAAACUGAGCUGGUCGGAUCUAGAGACAAAGGCCUCCAGGUCCAUUUCUCUUACUCACCCUUUGUAGAUUGAAUUAGUUUCAACACGCCAGCUGGCCCCCUGCACAAACAGGGCUCUUGUCCCCGGAACAGGGCUAAAGCCAAGUCACUUGACUUAAAAAUAAUUUUUGCUUCCUCCUGGCAAACUUUGUCCCGGUCUCCCCCUUUCGUUUUGUUUCUGGAGCAGCGUUGCUGGGCAUCAAGGGCCCGAUCCGGCUCCUGCGGGAGUCUCCGGGGCCCAAUUCCUGACCUUCCUGCCCCUUUACGCCAGCCCAAAGCGAGCACGUGAGAUGCAGCCGUUCUGAUCGGCUGGCAUCUUGCACCCGACUUCGCACAUGCCUCAGUGACCAGGGCCCAGACCCUGUCGGCUCCUACGCACACGCUGAGCUUUGUGUCCCGUUGGGCCUGCUCCUCUGCGGCGCCCGGUGCGGUCGUGAACGCGGGUCGCUAGUGCAAACCAGAAUGGUCGUGCGUUCACACCUGCGUCGCACUGGUGCAGCGAAGGGCUGACCCUGUGCCUGUCGGCAUCCAUGGCAACGCUCCCAAUGACUUCAAUGGAGCAGGCCCGGACUGCACCAGACACAGGGUGGCGGAGAAGUGGGCACAAGGGGACUGCUCACAUGCACAAGUGUCAGGAUCCGAGCAAGGCAGGGUGCAAGGCUGCGGAGUAUCAGGUCCAGCGGGAGCGCGGGGGUGUCUCUCCCAAGGCCCCAAAGAUUCAUUCCUUCUUCCCUCCCGUGUCCUCUGGAGCCUGGAAUCAGAAACCUGCAAUUCGUUACCGUGCCCCGGCCUCCCACUUUGUACCAAGUCUCCCCACUCAGCUGGUGCGUGCGUCUAGAACUCCCCACCCAGUGGAUACUAGAACUGUCCGUCCGUCUUUGCCAUGGGCCUGUAUGAAUUCUGCCUAUGCCAACUUCAGUGCUGGGGAGAGGCCUGGGCUAGGCCUGCCGUCCCCAACUGCAAGUGGCAACUUUACGAUGGGCCCCUCGCUUGGCGGGUUUUCGUCUGACGUUUGUUUGUUUGUUUUUUAAGUCAAACCGACACGAAAUCUUUUUGGUUACAAAUACCUCACGGGUUUUCUACUGGGUCCUUUCUACCGUCUGUGCCGUUGUGGUUGUGUGUGUUCGGUGUGAGGAGAACACCGGGGCUGUGUGAGGGUACUCAGAAACGGCGGGUCGCUGUCGGGGUUGGGGGGGGGGGGGGUUGUAGGGCUCGCCAAUUUCGUCACUGUGAUUU